UUUCCGGGUAUCCGACCCGGCCGCGGUGUGUCGGGUUUGUCAGUGAGAGGGACCGUGGCACUGUGCACUGUGUCUGUGAAGGUGCGCGGAGCCCGAAGCUGCAGCAGGAGCGAGCGGUGCGAAAGUUCCCGCUAAGACCUGUCCGUCCGCCGCGUGUGCUUGAAAAGCGGCUCAGAGCGGCGGUGGUACCAGCGCCGAGCAGGCCUGUGGGCAGGCUGAAACCCCGGGACUGCGUUUUAAUAAACUACAAAUUGUUUUUCUCAGGAUGCAAUCAGUGUCUGGAAUGGAGCAUACAAUCUUUCCAUUCUUGAGGUCACUCCUAGAUGUGACUGUCUCUGGCUUUUGAGGAAAGAUCGGAAUUAUCGGUGGAACUGGCCUGGAUGAUCCGGAUAUCUUAGAAGGAAGAACAGAAAAAUAUGUUGACACUCCUUAUGGCAAGCCAUCAGAUGCUUUGAUUUUGGGAAAGAUCAAAAAUGUGGACUGUGUGCUCUUAGCAAGGUAAACUGAAUUUCUGCUGUGACUUCAUCUUGCUCUGUGUGGUUGCCAACAAAGUCAAGCAGAAGUCUCUGUUGCUUCCUGAGCAAAUUUGAUGCUGCAGGGACUGAGAAUAUUAAAAAUACUGUCCAGGUUAGGAAAGAGAAAACCAGUGGGAGGUUCUACCCUAGUGAGAAUGGCAGCCUGCAAGGCCACCUGUUCUGUUGGUAGACAUGGAAGGCAUCAUACAGUUAUGCCAUCGAACGUCAACUACCGUGCCAAUAUCUGGGCUUUGAAAGAAGAAAAUUGUUCCCACGUAUUAGUGACUACUGCCUGUGGUUCCUUACGAGAGGAAAUACAACCUGGUGAUCUGGUCAUAAUUGACCAGUUCAUAGACAGGACAACUAAAAGACAUUGUACUUUAUAUGAUGGGCAACAUUCCAGUCUUCCAGGAGUAUGUCACAUUCCGAUGGCAGAGCCAUUCUGCACCAAAACCAGAGAGGUUCUUAUUGAGACUGCCAAGAAGCUGGGGCUCCAGUGUCAUUCCAAGGGGACAGUGGUCACAAUUGAAGGCCCACGUUUCAGUUCUCGAGCAGAAAGCUGUAUGUUUCGCAGCUGGGGAGCUGAUGUUAUCAACAUGACCACAGUGCCUGAAGUGAUUCUUGCGAAGGAAGCUGGAAUGAGUUAUGCUAGUAUUGCCAUGGCAACAGAUUAUGACUGCUGGAAGGAACAUGAAGAAGCAGUUUCAGUGGAUAAAGUUUUAAAGACGCUGAAAGGGAAUGCAAAUAAGGCUACUAGCAUACUCCUUACUGCUAUACCUCAGAUAGGUUCGAUGGAAUGGACCAACACCCUGCACACCCUGAAAACAACAGUGCAGUGUUCGGUCAUCCUGCCAAAGCAGUAACAACCUGGAUGAAUCUUGGAGUGCUUACAAGGAAGAAUGGAUCACUUGUGAACUUCCAGAGGUUAUAAUAUCUCCAAAAAUUGUUACGAGCGUAAAAGAACGGACUAGAUGUUAACCAGUGAUAAUAUGUAAGGCCACUGUUAAAAUCUUUAUCAGUUUGAUAAUGUAUACGAUGGUUAAAAUUAGCUAUUGAGUAUGUUUUCAACUCUUGUAACAAAGGUGGAUAGAGCCUUCCUAAAUCUUCGUUCGUGAAGCCUAGCCAUGAUGAUGUUUUCAACUAGAAAUAGCUUUACUGUCAAGCUGGAUCAGACAGUGGUUGAAGAACAAAAGUCAAUAUGCUCUAUUCAGUGGUACCUUUUAAUUGAUGGUAGAAAUUAAAGUCUAGGUAAUACUCUUGUUGCAGUUUCAUAAAAUAAGGUAAAAAAAUAAAGCAGAUUCACAGAUAGGCUAUUUGUGUUGCUGUUUCUACCUCCCAUCUUUUCCUUAAAUACAGCAAGUGAUUAAUAAUUCACUUCUGAAACAUAGCAGAAAAACUGAGCAAACCAUAUCAAAUAAAAAUUAUGCUAUUUUUAUACAUUAUCCUUAUUUUUAAUUCUGUUUAUUUCUUUUUAAAGAAGUGUAUUUGUUUGUGUGCUAGAAGAUAUGAUUUAAUAAUUGUGGUGGUUCUGUCACAGCAGCAGUUGUGUAAUUAACUAAUGUUCUUGUUGAAAAAAUUGGUGAUGCCUAAGCCAGAUUUGUGCCUAAAGAUGUACUUAUGUGACUUACAGAACUGUACAUAAAAGUACUUUGGUGCCAGUGUCCCACUAUGCUGGCCAUUUUCUGCUUCACUGAACAACUCCAAAUUUAGAUUCUGUAUUAAGUGAUUAAUGUGCUCCAGUGCUUUGAAUGUAUGCAUUUCAAAUUUUUAAAUAUAAUUUUACUUUAAUAAAAUAA